CAGUAUAGGACUGAUGUCCACAGGUCCGUUAGACAUCCCCCUCCCCUUUCCCAGUACCCUGACGGUACACCUGGGGUUGUUUCCGGUGACGCAGUGCCUUAGAAACUGUACACACCAGCAUAGUGCUCUAAUAUGUAAGCGUGAACGGAGUGGGCGUGGUUAAGGAGGCGUGACGUGCUGCUGAAGCGUCUCUCAGCUGUUUCCGUUCAGUGAUGGCUGCGUCCGCGCGCGCGCCGAAGAGCUGAUGAAAGAACGGAACUUUUAUUUCUUCUCCGUUCUUCUUUUCUGAUCCGCCGGUGACACUCCAGCCCUUUAUUCCUCUGCGCGCGCACGUUAGCAGCAUCAGCGCGCGCGCUCUCUGUGCGGACUCUUCCUCAUCUCGCACUGCACCAUGGCGUUGAACGUCUGCACGCGAUUUACCGACGAGUAUCAGCUCUACGAGGAGCUCGGGAAAGGAGCAUUCUCUGUGGUGAGACGGUGUGUGAAGAUCUCGUCAGGCCAGGAAUAUGCAGCAAAAAUCAUCAACACCAAAAAGCUCUCAGCCAGGGAUCAUCAGAAACUGGAGCGAGAAGCUCGAAUCUGCAGACUGUUAAAACACCCCAAUAUAGUCCGUCUUCAUGACAGUAUAUCGGAGGAGGGCUUCCAUUACCUUGUGUUUGAUUUGGUCACUGGUGGAGAGCUGUUUGAAGACAUUGUAGCAAGAGAGUACUACAGUGAGGCUGAUGCCAGUCACUGUAUUCAACAGAUUCUGGAAAGUGUUCAUCACUGUCACAUUAACGGCAUUGUGCACCGAGACUUGAAGCCUGAGAAUCUGCUGCUAGCAAGUAAACUGAAGGGAGCUGCAGUAAAGCUGGCUGAUUUUGGACUCGCAAUUGAGCUGCAGGGAGAACAGCAGGCCUGGUUUGGUUUUGCUGGGACUCCUGGUUAUCUAUCCCCUGAGGUUCUGAGGAAAGAUCCUUAUGGGAAACCAGUGGACAUGUGGGCCUGUGGUGUGAUCCUCUACAUCCUGUUAGUUGGUUAUCCUCCAUUUUGGGAUGAAGAUCAGCACCGUCUCUAUCAGCAGAUUAAAGCUGGAGCCUAUGACUUUCCUUCUCCAGAAUGGGACACAGUGACUCCAGAUGCAAAAGAUCUGAUUAAUAAAAUGCUCACAAUAAACCCAAAUAAACGCAUCACUGCAACCGAGGCUCUUAAACACCCCUGGAUCUGUCAACGCUCCACUGUGGCCUCCAUGAUGCACAGACAGGAAACAGUGGAGUGUCUAAAGAAGUUUAAUGCUAGGAAGAAGUUGAAGGGAGCCAUUUUAACCACACUGCUAGUUACCAGGAACUUUUCAGCUAAAGGUUUAUUGAACAAGAAGCCAGACAAUGUGAAGGUCAACAACAAGACCAACAAAGACACAAGCACUGUCCCUGCACUGGAACCUCAGACUACUGUCAUCCACAAUCCAGUAGAGAGAAACAAGGAGUCAACAGAGAGCACCAACACCACUAUAGAGGAUGAGGAUAUAAAAGCCUGUCAGGUUGUCAGAAAAGCAAGAAAGCAAGAGAUCAUUAAAGUUACUGAACAGCUGAUUGAGUCUAUCAACAAUGGUGACUUUGAAUCUUACUCUAAGAUGUGUGAUCCUGGGCUAACAUCUUUUGAGCCAGAGGCUUUGGGGAAUCUGGUAGAAGGCCAUGAUUUCCACAGGUUCUACUUUGAGCAUGCUCUGUUGAAGGGCACUAAACCGGUCCACACUAUCCUGUUAAACCCUCAUGUCCACCUGAUCGGUGAGGACGCUGCGUGCAUCGCAUACAUCCGUCUCACUCAGUUUUUAGACUCCGGCCAUCCGAGAACCGCUCAGUCUGAGGAGACACGAGUUUGGCAUCGGCGUGACGGGAAGUGGCAGAACAUCCACUACCACCGCUCUGGAGCACCCAGUGCCAAGUACCAAUAAAUAAACACCAAUUAUCCAUUAUUAAUAAUCACCAAUAACUGAUAAUGAAACCUUAAUAACGAUAAUCAACUCCUUACAUUUCCACUGCUUCACACCCACUGACUGUACUUAGCUCAGUGUGUGUGUGUGUGUGUGUGUGUGUGUGUGUGUGUGUGUGUGUGUGUGUGUGUGUGUGUGUGUGUGUGUGUGUGUGUUGCAGUUGAAGUAAGCCUGCCUUUGUAUGGUCACUUAAAGGCCAAGCCCUCUGCAUCGUCUCACUGCAAGCCCCUCCACCUUAUUAACAUAUACCCGAACGUGGAUGAGAGAACGUCUUUCUCUCUCUCUCUUUCUCUCAUUGUAACACACAAUGAAAGUGAUGAAAGGAUGGUGUGUUUAAAAUUGUGUGUGUGUAUGUAGUGUAUGUGAUUAUAUACAUUAAUUAAAGUCUAUAAGUGUAUACGCUGUGAGAAUGUAGCAUAAAGCACAUGAGCUGUGCAAGCAGAUUAUUAUAGACAUAAUUAAUAUUCAUGAUAACUAAUGUUUAUUCAUCUAUAAUCUUAUUGUUUCUGGGUCCAAGCACAUAGUUUUUGCUAUAGUUCUUCUUACUCUUGUUACUAUUAAUCUUAUUAAUAUUAUUGUUGUUAUCGUCGUUGUUAGCAGUAGCACUGUAGAAUUUUUCAUUUUCUGUGUUGAAGCACAGUGAGGAAUAAAACUGUAAGGUGUAGAAAUGUAGCAGGACAGUGAUAUGUCCAAUCCCAUCCACAUCUUGACAUCUAUCACCUUGAUGGUGCUGCUAUAGAGCAGAAUUAAAAAAAUUAGCUUCACCCACUUCACUUGAGUUAUUUUUAACUCUAUUGGGUUUAUAACAUUUACACAUCAUGAAGACAAAAAUAAUGAGCUGUAGACAUGGCCGUGUUAUCAGGGCACUGUGACCUGCUCAUGGCUGGAUUUACAUUUACAACAUUUAGCAGAUCCUUAUUCACAUUUCAUACAACUGAGUGAUUGAGUGUUAAGGGCCAUGUUAAAGUGGAUGACUGUUGGACCUGGGAUUCAAACUCACAACCUUCUCAUCAGUGGUCCACCCUCUUAGUCACUAAGCUUCCACAUCCCCCACAUGUAAAGGACAAUUUCUAUUCAUUUAAAUCUCUCAUGUUUAUUUAUUUGUAUAAAGAUCCUUAAUUAUUACCAGCCUCCUGUCAUUGUGUACUGUCAGUAAUGUCUUCUGGUUAUUUAUUAAUUUAUUUAUUUAUGGUUGUUAAUGACAUUAUUGUGUACAUGUUGUGUGUAAUAUAAUGAGGUUUAAAGCUGACUGGUCAGUGUGAUAUUCUGGCCCACGGCCCCGUUUACUUAUUGAGGUGAUGAUGUCAUCAGUGUGUCAUAACAGAACGGUCUUCCUUAAGGAGAAACCAGUCAUCACAUUUUAGGGUAUUAUUAUCCUGAUCCUUGUAGUUGUUGUUGUUGAAUUGCUUUGCUGAAACCUCACUAUAGAGAAAUUAGGAAAAGUUCAUUUAUCACCAUGACAACAUUCAGCGAUUUAACAUAUAAAUAAAAAUACUAUAAUGUGUAUAAAAAUUACUGUGUGAGAAGAAAAUGUCUUUCUCUUUGAACCUGUCUGUCUGUCUGUCUGUCUGUCUGUCUUAGUCUCUCUCUCCGUCUGUCUGUCUCUCAGUCUG